AUGGAGUCCACCGAGAUCGAGAUGACGGGAUACGCAAGCCCGACGACCAUCCACAUACCACCGAAAGAACCGAAAGAGUCGCAAGAGGCAAAAGGGCCAUCAGCCUGGCAACAAUUCCGACGCGGACCUUGCCUUUUCCUUGCCCGCAAGAUCUCUGCCCGGCGACCAAUUAACCCCGGCGAACCGCCACAAGAUCCGGUCACUGUAGUCUGCAUCUCAAACACCUACAACGAGCGACCACAGAUACCGCCAGGUGACAUCCUGAUCCACGCCGGCGAUAUGGCAGCAGAUGGAUCGCUCGCGGACCUCCAAGCCACACUGAACUGGCUAAAGGAGCAGCCUCACCACAUUAAGAUUGUGGUGGCGGGUAGACGCGACAGGUACCUCAACAAAAUGAAGAAGGGAGGUCCUCACUGGAGACAUGGACAUCGCCGGAAGGGAAACUGGGGCGACAUCAUCUAUCUGGAGCACCAGCAAAUUGUGGUUGCUGCUGAGAACGGACGGCUACUCCGGGUCUUUGGAAGUCCAUACUCGCCAACGAGCAUUCGUUCCGGGGCUUUCCAGUACCCUCGCGAUGAAAAUGUUUGGAACAAAAUCCCCAACAAUCUCGACAUUCUCAUCACUCACACACCGCCAUUCUCUCAUCUUGACUCUCUCGAAGGCUGCUGGCAUUUGCUGCAUAAGUUGUGGAAGAGUCCUCCUCGACUACACGUUUUCGGGUGCGUUUGUGAGCAUUAUGGAACUGAACGUUUGUGCUAUGAUGCUCUUCAGAACGCCAUGGAGCAGAUUGAGGUUGCGGGUGGGGGGUUCUUGAAUCUUCUGAAGGUUGUCAAACCGUUUCUGCGGUCUUUUUCCGGCCCCGAUAUGGAAGCUAAGACUGAGCUCGUGAAUGCAUGCAUUAUUAGGGAAGAGUCGGAUCCCCACCGUGAACCGAUCACAGUUAUCAUUUGA